AUGGCAGAACCAGACGUAGCUACCAAGGCUCCCGAGAGUGAUGCGCAAGAAACCAACAGCCCGCCAGUCCCCAGCGACUCUUCGGCCCCGCCAAAGCCACCGCUGAUGGGCGAGCACUGCACCUCCGACAGACCGACGCCCGCCGGCCAGUCAUCGACAGGCGAGCUCAGCAAACUCAACGAUGUCGACGUCUACAUCUCCAAGCCCGCAGACUACCCCCACACCCCGUCGCGCCUCCUCCUCCUCCUAACGGGUGGCACCGGCCUGCACAGCGUGAACAACCAGAUCCAGGCCGACCGCUUUGCAAGCGAGGGGUACGUGGUCGUCAUGCCGGACCUGUUCGCAGGCGACCCGGCGCCCAACAGCCGGGAGACUGUCGACGAGUCCCUGUCGACCGGCUCGUCCCUCCUCGACGCCUUCAAGAUCAAGGCUGCCGAAGCGGCGAAGAGCUUCCUGAUCGAUAUGUGGCUGGCCCGGCAUACCGAGGAGAAAGUGCUACCUAUUCUGCAUCGGGUGUUGGAUGCGUGCCGGGAUGAGUUUGCGGAUGCGGUGUCGCAUGGCGGAGGCGUGUAUGCGGUUGGGUACUGCUUCGGGGCGAGGUAUGUGUUGCUUCUGGCUGCGGAGCGGCCGGCGCAUGGUCAGGGCCAUGCCGCCCAGGGGCGGGGUGCUGGGGGUGAUGAAGAGGCGAAUAGGCCUAGCACGGUCGGGCCGCACAUCAAGGCCGGGGCGCUGGCGCAUGCUACGCUGGUGUCGAAGGGGGAUUUUGUUGGGUUGAAGGCACCGCUGAGUGUGGUCUCUGUGGAGAACGACCCAUUGUUCCCGGACGAGGUGAGGAUUGCUGGGGAGGAGUAUAUGAGUGCCAAUGAUGUCGAGCACGAGGUGCAGGUUUAUCCGGGGGUGCCACAUGGCUUCGCCGUCGUCGGAGAGUACGAAGACCCCAACAUCAAGAUUGCGCAGGCUACUGCGUUCGAGCAGAUGUUGAAAUGGAUCAACGAGCACUGA